CUUGAUGAAAAAUGCCUGUUGCUGUUCGGAUUUUGUGAAACGUCAGCGGUUCCGAGUAGAUACCUGGACAUUGGGGUCCGUUGCUUUAUUUUGAAAAUCCGCACAGGACACAGCAUGUCCUGAAAACCAAGUUUGGUAUGGCGGCGGCGGCGGCGGCGCCCCCAAAGUAGCUCUCAGCUGUGGAGUGACUGCGGCGGCUGUCGUCCUCCAUGUCCCGUUCCUAUUCUCACCGGGUCUUUCCGAACUAGAAGGCACGCACGCAGUUGUGCCGCGUACUCCUUUCCCGAAUGACGGGCGGUCGUUUCGACUUUGACGACGGUGGCGCCUACUGUGGCGGCUGGGAGGACGGCAAAGCUCACGGCCACGGCGUAUGCACCGGACCCAAGGGCCAGGGCGAGUACUCGGGCUCGUGGUCCGACGGCUUUGAGCUCGUCGGAAUGUACACCUGGCCCAGCGGGAACGUGUACCGGGGCUACUGGGCGCAAGGAAAACGCCACGGACUCGGCGUCGAGAGCAAGGGCAAGUGGAUCUAUCGCGGAGAGUGGACGCACGGAUUCAAGGGUCGCUAUGGAGUCCGGCAGAGCCUGAACACACCGGCCAGGUACGAGGGCACCUGGAGCAACGGACUGCAGGACGGAUAUGGCGUCGAGACCUACUCGGAUGAAGGUACAUACCAGGGUCAGUGGACUGGUGGGAUGCGUCAUGGCUAUGGUGUUCGUCAGAGUGUCCCAUAUGGUAUGGCAUCAGUCAUCCGCUCACCACUUCGAACUUCACUGGCUUCCCUGCGUAGUGAGCACAGUAACGGCACAGUUUUGCGAGACGGUCUUUCUGACAGCCCUGCUGGCACACGUGGUGGCUUUGUGCUCAACUUCCAUUCAGAUGGAGAAGGUACUGACAAAAAGAAGGGUCUCUUCCGCCGUGGCUCUCUUUUUGGGAGUCUACAACGAUUGCGUAAAUCAGAUUCGCGCUCAUCUAUCACCAGUAAGCGCAGCUCAGCACGUAGUGAAACCACUAUGAGUCGUAUCAGUUCAAGUGAUGCCAAUUCCACUAUCAGCUUUGGAGACGGAGACCCCAGUGAUGACUACUUGACUUUUGAGGACAAUGUAGAUGCCACUACUACCGAGUCCUACAUGGGCGAGUGGAAGAAUGACAAACGCAAUGGCUUUGGUGUCUCAGAGCGUUCCAACGGCAUGAAGUACGAAGGAGAAUGGUUAAACAAUAAGCGCCAAGGCUAUGGCUGUACCAUCUUUCCUGAUGGCACCAAAGAAGAAGGGAAGUACAAAAACAAUGUGUUGGCCCGAGGGAUCAGAAAGCAGUUAAUCCCACUGAAGAACACCAAGACCAAACAAAAGGUGGAUCGAGCCAUCGAAGGAGCAGUGAGAGCUGCAGCCAUUGCCAGAACUAAAGUGGAGAUUGCCAUCUCCAGGACAUCUCACACCCGGGCCAAAGCUGAGGCAGCAGAUCAGGCUGCACAGUCAGCCAGCCAAGACUCCGAUAUUGCAAGAGCUGUGGCCAGAGAACUCUCACCAAGUUUCUAUCAGCCAGGCCCAGACUAUAUACGGCAGAAAUACAAUGAACCAGUGGAGGUGAAGGAUGUCCCUGAAGAGAGUAAAAUGGAGAAAACUCCGUCAAGUAGCCCUCAUUUCUACCGGAAAGGCACAACACCAACACAUUCUCCAUCUCAGAGUCCUGGCCCCACCCCCACUCCCACAAAGAAGACUGUCUUCAGCAGUAAACCAUCUGCCACUGUCAGUCCCCCAAAGCCUCCUGGGAAAGUAAACAAAACCUCAACAGCUGAGGCUUUAACUAAAGGGUCCCAACUCUAUCUUGGUGGCUCUGGUGAUGCUAUUAAACAUUGGUCUAGCCAUUAUUUUUGUGCAUUUCCUGACUUGACCAAAUCUCAACUCAGAAGCCCAGACUUCAGACUUCCCUCUCCACAGCCACUCUUCCGGGGGAAUCCCGAGGCAUUCCCCGGCCAGUCUCGUCGGUGUCUUCCCGGAGCCUCCUCCCAGUGGGACGUGCCCAGAACACUUCAGCAGGGAAGCGUCCGAGAGGCAUCCUCAACAGAUGACCUUAUCUGGCUCCUCUCGAUACGGAGGAGCAGGGUCUCUACUCUGAGCCCCUCCCGGAUGGCAAAACUUCUCAUUCUAUCUCUAAGGGCGAGCGCAGAGACACCCUGUGGAGAUAUUGGAUUUUGGUCCCUUGUAUCUGUUAUCGUGUUGUUUUGGUCACUGCCCAGGUGAGGGUGGGAGCAUACGUCCGCCGGUACAUCGAUAGCUUUGCCUUCUCACUUAGCUCAACACACGGGCUGUAACUAUCAAUUCAGAAUGGACACAGGGCCGCCUUGGCGGAGUCCGACCCUCGCUGGAAACAAAUCCAGCGGACAAAAUGCUGACACCAGUCACACGAGGACCAAACAGCCUGUAUAAGCGGGUCUGUUAUGUGCAGUGCGCGGUCAAACCUUCUCCAAGUCCACACGCCACCUGCAGACUCCCAGGCACCAUACAGGACGCUGUCGAGGGUGUAGCGCUGGUCCACUGUUCCGCGCCCAGGACGAAAAGCAUAAUCCUUGUCUUGAAUCUGAGAUCCGACUUUGUGACGGACCUUACCGGGGACUCUGAGGAGUGUAAUCCCCCUCGUCGUUGGAACGUCCGCCAAUCCAAAGGCACUAUCACCGUGAUGUUGCAAAGACGUGUGAGAAGAGCCUUGAGGAACUCCAGCCAGGUCUCAUCCACCGCUUACUAUCAUCUCACCACUGAGAAGAAGCUUUUUAAGUUGUUGUAAGCACCUCGGCGGUUGUGACUGCAACUGCGCAUCUCAUUGUCUGUACCGAGACGUGCGCAGCAGGAACAGCGGUUGUCGAUCAAACUAAAACCCAGUUGCACCAAGUAGUUCCCAAGUGGAUUGCCGAAAUGCACAAACCAAAUGAUGUUCCCGCCAUAUACUGACGGUACAAAAAUAACUGAAUUGAACUUUGUUAUUUUGCACUUUAUCAUAGAUGUAUUUAUUUAUGGAUUGAUUGAGAAUAUUUCUAUUUUAUUUUGAUUUCAUUAUUCAAAUGUACAAUAUGCUUAUGUUUAUGUUAAGCCGUGGUUAUGUCGCAAUUUAAAUAUAUACUGUGAUUUUU